AUGGGGGAACAGCCGACGCUGCGCUCCUUGCAAUCGACGCCACGCCAGGCGAGAAUGGGGGGAGGGCAGGGGGGAGAGGACGUGGGGCAGAGCAAGGAGCACGCGCAGAUCGCCAGGAGCGCCGAUGCAGCCCUGUUAGUAAUCGACGCCACGCCAGGCGCGUUCGAGGCGGGUAUGGGAGGGGGCCAAGGGGAAGAGAACGUGGGGCAGAGCAAGGAGCACGCGCAGAUCGCCAGGAGCCUGGAAGUGGACCAGCUGUGCGUGGCUGAUGCGGCCCUUCUAGUAAUCGACGCCACGCCAGGGGCAUUCGAAGCAGGCAUGGGAGGGGGCCAGGGGGGAGAGGACGUGGGGCAGAGCAAGGAGCACGCGCAGAUUGCCAGGAGCCUGGGGGUGGAGCAGCUGUGCGUGGUGGUGAACAAAAUGGACGCUACCGGGUUCGAGCAGGGCGAGUUUGAGCGCAUUAAAGGGGUGCUGGGGCCGUUCCUGACCCGGCAGUGCGGGUUCCGGGACGGUGCAGUGCGGUGGGUGCCGCUGAGUGGGCUGCAGGGGGAGAAUCUAGACUCGGCUCCUACAGACGAUCGGCUGAAGAACUGGUACACAGGACCAACCCUUCUAGAAGCCGUUGACUCCUUCUCCCCCCCUCCUCGCGCUCUCAACCGCCCGCUGCGCCUGGCGAUAGCCGAAGUGCUCAGAACGAGGGGGCUGGGGCAGGCAGGCGUGGCGGGGAAAUUGGAAUGUGGAGCGAUGCGAGCCGGUACCAAGGUGCUUGUGAUGCCCGGGGCGGCAGUAGCAACAGUGAAGGCCCUAGAGCGGGACGAAUCACCAGUGGCAGCAGCAUGGGCGGGGGAGAGCGUGGACGUGGGCCUUCAGGGCGUGGAGGCCAAUCAGCUCCUGCCAGGUGGCGUGUUGUGCCACCCGGACUACCCCAUCCCUGUAGCUACCAGGGUGGAGGCGCGGCUUCUCACUCUCGAUCUCAAGAUCCCUCUGCUGAGAGGCACCAAUGCCAUUCUGCACGCGCAUGCAGCCAAGGAAGCAUGUCGCGUUGUUGCCCUCACAGCCAUUCUCGACGCCAAGACUGGUGCUGUUGCCCGCGCCAAGCCCAGAGCCGUGGGGUCCAACCAGAGUGCUGUCGUGGAG